AUGCAGUAGAUGGUCACCAUGUCUUCAGAUGCUAGUCAUAUGCUUGAGGCAGCCUUGGAGCAAAUGGAUGACAUCAUUGCAGGCUCCAAAGCUGCCGCAGAGUACACCAAUGGCCUCUUUGACAUUGGUACACCAAUGUAUUUGGGGUCCCUGCAGGUUUUACAACUUACAGAAGAGCUGAGAAUUGCAUUGGAAUUACUGACGAACGAAGAAGAGAAAGAGUCUUUAAGAACACAGAUCUCAGGCGACACAGCACAGUAUCUGAGGGACUGGCUAGAGACAGGCACAGUAAAUCUUCGUUCUUCUGUAAUCAAUGAAACCUAUCAAGAGCGUCUGGCACGUUUAGAAGCAGAUAAGGGGUCACUGGUGCUGCAGGUGAGUGUGCUCACAGACCAGGUGGAAGCACAGGGAGAGAAGAUCCGGGACCUGGAGUGCUCUCUGGAUGAACACAAUCACAAACAGCAAACCACAGAAGAAAUGCUACAACAGGAGCUGCUGAGCAGAACUUACCUCGAAACCCAGAAACUGGAUCUGAUUGAUGAAGUCUCACACCUAAAACUGAAACUAGCUGGAAUGGAAAAGGAGCAAAAUGAUUGCGACGAGAAACAGCACAAAGCUGAGUCUGUGGUAAAUCUGAUUAGUGAACUGCAGGAACAGAUGUGUAGAUUUCAGCAAGAGAUCAGUACCAGAAUCCAGGAGAAAAGGGAGCAGGAGAGCAAUCCAGCUGACACUAAAGCGAAGGACCCCCCGCAAAGCAGGACAGGCACAAGUUUAGCCAGCCCCAGCAGAGAUGAGGAGAGCUGUUGCUGUAGGGGAGAGAAUGGAUUAGCACAAGAACUGAAGCUCCUAAAAAACAAAGUGGAUGAACUGGAGGGGGAAAAAUCGCAGUAUGAAAGAAAACUCAAAGCAACUAAGGCGGAAAUAGCUGAUCUUCAGAAGCUGCUGGCAACAAAAGAUGCAGAAAUUGAAUGUCUACAGACCCAGCUAUCAUGUAGAACUCCUGUACCGAGCGACAGCACAGAGAGAGAUCAAGAAUUGCAAAGGCUGAAAAUGGGAAUGGAAUCCUUGUUGGCAGCAAAUGAAGAAAAGGACCGUCGAAUAGAUGAGCUAACGAUUCUAUUAAGCCAGUACAGGAAGAUGAAAGAUGCUAUGGCUGUGGCACAAGGCUCCUGUGAAAGAAUAUUGUCAGUAAGCAGUGAGGAAGAAUUCAGUGGUAGUAUGAACACGAGAAACCCUGUGCAUAAAACCAACACAGAAAACAUUAGCUCUGAGAAGUCCUCCAGGUGUUCAUCGUUCGCCUUAGUUUCCCCUUCAUCUAUACAAACCGAAUUAGAAACUAGCUGCAGAACUACACACACUUCUCCAGAACCAUUAGUUUCUCCACACAGCUUGGAAGACAGCUUUAAAGAUCGACAAUGGGCACAGCAAAGGAUGUUAUCCAGUAGUUUGGAAGAAUUACAGAGUGGAUCAUUACAAAAGCAUGUAGUUCCGGAACCAGUAGAACCUGUUGUGUUGCCAGAGAAACAACCACAUGUAGAAAAUAACAAGUAUCAGACAUUACCUGGAAAAUUUUCUCGGGCAAAUCACAAUGGAGACAAUGAAAAAUACAAGCCCUCAAGUGUCCAAAGAGAUAAGGAUGAGGAUGAAGACAGUGAAUUCAACCUAAGAAAGACACCGAAAAUCGAUGACCCCACCCUAAGUUCAUCUGACCUUUCACCUCAGUCCUCUGGAGUAGACUCAGGCCAGCAGUCUCCAGUGUCCCCAGAAAACAGAAAGAAUCCCAAAGGAAUCAAGAAAUUCUGGGGAAAAAUACGAAGAACCCAGUCAGGUAGCUUUCAGGCUGGUGACUUGGGCACCUCUCAAUUCCAAAGAGGGGGGCUGCGGGCAACAGCGGGGCCUCGUCUGGCACGGACUAAAGAAACAGGAAACACAAAAAGUGACCUUGCAGCUCCAUUUUCUCAGUGGAGGACAGAGCAGGUUUGCAGUUGGCUGGAGGAUUUUGGUCUGAGUCAGUAUGUGAACCUGGCAAGGCAGUGGGUAAACACUGGACACACACUCCUAACAGCAUCCCCUCAGGACCUGGAAAAGGAAAUGGGAAUUAAGCAACCACUGCACAGGAAGAAGUUACAGUUGGCACUCAAAGCAUUCAGUAUGAAACUGGUGGAGAAAUCUGCAGACCUGGACCAUAUCUGGGUGACACGUUGGCUAGAUGACAUAGGGUUACCUCAAUACAAAGACCAGUUCAAUGAUGGAAGAGUUGAUGGAAGGAUGCUACAAUACCUAACAGUGAACGAUCUCCUGUUUCUUAAAGUCACCAGCCAGCUCCAUCACCUCAGUAUUAAAUGUGCCAUUCAUGUACUACAUGUCAACAAGUUCAACCCAAACUGCCUGAGACGCAGGCCAGGAGACGAGCACAACAGCUCGCCCUCUGAAGUAGUGCAGUGGUCAAACCAUCGGGUGAUGGAGUGGCUUCGAUCAGUGGACCUGGCAGAGUAUGCCCCAAACCUGAGAGGCAGUGGAGUUCAUGGCGGGCUAAUUAUUCUGGAACCUCGUUUUAAUUCUGACACCUUGGCAAUGCUCCUUAACAUUCCUCCCCAAAAGACACUUCUAAGGAGGCACCUAACAACAAACUUCAACAUGCUGAUUGGUUCAGAGGCCCAGCAAGAAAAGAGGGAGUUCAUGGAGUCAUCUAGCUAUGCACCCCUGACCACCACAGCAAAAGUCAGGCCAAAGAAGCUUGGAUUUUCAAACUUGGGGCAUCUAAGAAAAAAGAAGUUUGACGAUUCCACAGAUUAUAUUUGCCCGAUGGACACGACUCAGCCUGCAACGAAUGGAGCAAAAAAGGGCUAUGGGGGACACAGGGGAGUUAGUCCAGUCUUUGACCAAGACUUGCAAAGACUGGAGCAGAUGGUGAAUACUGAAGGAACAGUCAUGCAAAUAGGGGUCCUGUCAGAAGGCAUUAACCACCUUACCUACAUGCUAAGCCAUGAUGAGUUUCUGAAGGACUUCAGGCGGAGCAAAGAGCAAUCCUCCAAGAACUGCAGUGUUAAAACUCAGCUUGACCAAGGAAACAACAUCCAUACCUCCGCUUUACUCAGUUGCCAUUGUUUGCUGACUUAGCUUCCAAAUGCAGUAACAUGUAUUGCCAUAACUGUAUUUAUGUUAUUGUAUUGCCAUGCUGAAAAUAUGCUUCCCUUCCUACAAAUCCUAUUGUUCCAGAGUGACUUUUUUUUUUUACUUUUGUUAUUUUUAAUAAUUGUUAUUUUUUUAUUAUGCAAGGUCAAAUAUGUUGUUUUUUUGCCUCUAAUUACUAAGACUAAACAUAAUUAUAAUACAGUACUUAUUUUUAAUGCUUAUAUAAUCUGUAAUAUAUUGAAACCUAGAAAACCUGACUAUAGGGUGAGAUCAUCUUUUGUUAUUUAGACCCUGCAUCCAUUUUUGUUUAAAUAUCUCCUUGUUUUGGGUCACCUGAAACCGGUUUCCACCCAUUUGGUAACGUACGAUGAAAAUAGACUUAACAUGUAUUUGCAAAGGGAACUGCACUCAUGAGAAAAGAACUACGGUUUCUACAGUAAAGAACCAAGUCUUAAGGUGCUCGGAUCUCAGUCGCAAAGUAAAAUGCAUCAUUUGAAUGGCAAAGCGAUGUGAGAACAGCUGUGUCUGUGACGGAUACACACACCUACGUAUGGAAAACAGACUUGUCAGGUACUGUAGCAUCAUCCUUCAAACCAGAACACAUCUUUUGCUAGGUUUUCGAAUGGGACACGGAGGACAACACUCUGCUGUUCAACCAGGCAAACCUGAAAGAAGCAACACUGUGGGUAUGCCGCUAUUACCAAGCCUUCUGUCAAUGUAUACAUUUCUCACGGCUAUAAUGUAACUCUAAAUAGAACGAUAACAUGGUUUAUUCCAUUUAUUUUUAAACUUCUCCACCCAGUGUAAGGUGUAUACACGCUCUACUAAUAAUGCACCAUACUUGCAGGUGUAAACACGGGUAACAUAAUACAGCUGUGUUUCUGAUGUAGACAAGUAUUGCUUCACACCACGUAUCCCAUUGCUCAAAUAAAAAAAUGUUGUAUGUUUAAAAUGUUAUUAUAUAUACACAUCAUGCAUGGUGUAAGAGUGUCUUACCUUGAACACCUUUUGUCACACUUUUGUACUAUAAGAGACCACUGCAAAUGUAUGGAAAAGGUUUUGGGCAGGACACACGUCAGCAGUGCAUCUUAUGGUUUUCAGAUGCAGAUUUCACGAAACACAAACACAACGUUAACAUUUGACCAUUGCUUCUUUUUCAUUUCAGUAUAUA